AUGGCACCUGAACUGCUGGAGUCCAACACAAAACUGUCCACAGCAGCUUUUCUUCAGAACCUUCAAAGCAAAACUGAGCAAAAAGCGACCACAUUUCUACAUUUAUCACAGAGUAACCUUUGGUUGAACUUUUCAACUGAUGACAAAAUGCCUCCGUCGAGCAUUCAGUACACUAAACAGCGAUGGUUAUUAACCAUUGCUGGACUGUUCUUGUAUGUGGCGGACACUUGCUCAGACGUCGGGCUGGCACUGAAAUAUUAUCAAGAGAAACAUUUUGUGUGGACUGGACUGACUCUGGUGUUUGUUCUGGCGGGGGUGCUGGUGACACAGAUCUUCAGCUAUGUCUGGUACAGGGAUGACAUGAAUGGUCCUCUGGGGAUCACUGAGGGAGGACCAAACAUAUCAGGCACGUCCACAGGUAGACUUGCUGUCCUGCACCUAUUUGGCAUGGGCAUCUUCACCAGGUAUUAUCACCUGCUAAGGGAAGGCUUCAAAGUGGUUUGGACAACAACAAAUUCCGAUACAGUGGAAGAGAGAAGAGAUGUGCACCACAAUCUGUUUUGCCUGGCGACAGAUCUGAGCAUGCUCAAGCUGCUUGAGGCUUUCUUGGAGAGUGUUCCCCAACUCCUUCUGCAACUAUACAUAGUGAUGGGCCACAAUGAGUGCUCACUCAUGCAGUAUUUAUCUAUGGUGUUCUCCUUCUUUAACAUUGCCUGGGCCCUGGUUGACUAUCGCCGCUGUCUGCGCAGAUCCCUUCCCCACGUCAGUGAGAUGCCCUCUGACCUCCCCACAGCAAUCUACCUCCUCUACAAACUCUGCACCAUCACCAGCCACAUCCUCAGCUACACCCUCCUCCUCAUACUGAGCCCCUACAGCACACUUAUAGCCCUCACCAUCGUCUGGUUGCUGGCGACAAUCUGGAUGCACGUGCUCCAGACCAACUUCUGCUCAUCCAGUAGACUUGAGCUUCUGUACCGAGCAGUCAUCGGAGUCAUCCUCACAUUCACCUUUUUUAACGUCAAAGGACAGGACACCAAAGUAGCCAUGAUCAUCUACUACUUGUUCUAUGUUAUUAUAAACAUUAUAGCUCCUUCACUGCUAGCUUUGUUGAAACCAGAGUUGCAGACAGCCACAUUUCUGCUGACAGUUGGUGGUUUAAUCUUUGGAGGUUCAGUGCUGGGGCUAGUGUGUCUCGUGCUGUACUACCUCCUCCUGCAUCCCAGAGAGAAUUGGCGAGAGACUGAUGAGGUGGACGGCCUGGAGAAUGAAACAAAGACCACAAGGAGAAUAAGGAACUUUUUACAGCCUUGAUGAUCUAUUUCUGGUUAUGGGGGUGCAGAGAAAAAUAUUGCUGUACAUUGUAUUUGACGAGGAAAAAAGCCUGUACAGAGAGAUGUGAUGUCAUCUAGGCCUAGAUAUUGUGCUCACUAUUCUUACUGCUGCUAUCAUACCAUACUGUGCCUUAUCAUGCAGUUAUCUUACCAUAUUCUGAGGAAAGUUUGCUUCUUCAUCGCAGAUACAAAUGGCUAGCGAAGCAAUUCAGUGCAUCAUAGUUUAGUGUAUGAAUUACAUUUUAUUUAUUAUUGUUGUAAUAAUCUUGAUGAAUUACAUAUUUAUUGUUAUCAUAUCUAUAAAAAGUAAUUUAUUUGCUAAUCCUAAUUAACAGCUGGCAUUGUCUCCAUAGAUAUUAUACAUCACUGCUACCAAGACUGUUAGCAUGAUUCCAUUAAGAAUGCAUUGUAAUGAACUCUAAAAAUUACAUUAUGAAAA